CGUACCUCGUAGCUACCUAGUGCAAGAGAUUUGCCUCCGACGAGUCACGGCCGCAAAAUCCGAGCAACGCCUCAACUUACGCACACGACUUGGACAAAUCCUUCUCAAACAACCACCGUGUCAUUGGGGGAAGCUGUCAUUUUAUUUUAUUUUAUUUUCUUUUGCCGGAUGGAUGGUCAUCAGUCGGAAAACGCGUCGAUGAGCUGAACCCUCUUGGAAUUCCUUCCAUCUAAUCCUUUUUUCAUUCUUACCUCUUUACCCUCUUAACCCUUCCAUCCAUCCCUCUCUCUCCCAUCUAUUCCACGUCCGUCGUCACAUAACUCCUCCCCCCCGGCCUAGUCCGGGGUUGCCACGGUCAUGGCGCGAAUUCUUCGUCAAUCAGCGCAGCUGGCGCGAAUAGCCAGACAAUCACAGCAGCUCGCUCUCGGCAGAUCUCUCUCCUCGACAUCAAGACUGGCGCGUCUCGCCCCGUUGACAGCACGACACUUGCCCCAAUCGCCCUCCAGAUCAUCGCCGUCGUCACUACGGUUCUACUCGACCGAGGAUCCGAACAAGAACAAACCCAGUGACGAGAAAGAGAGCAGCAGCAACAAUAGCAGCAGCAGCAGCAAGAACAACAACAACAACAACAACAACAGCGUGCCGGAAGAGUCUUCAGACGGACAGACCGAACUGGAAAAGACACGAAAGGAAUUCCCGCUCCCGGAUGGUUGGGUCCACUUCACCGAAGAGGAACUCGAAAGAUUCAGGCAGUUUGGGGCCCUCAAGGGCCUGCCCCAGUUCAUGAAGGAUGACCUCAAUCGAACGGUAAAUGCCAUCAGGGUCGUCGGGGCGCCGGACGAGCUGCGCGAAUUGGCUCGUCGGCACCCCAACGGCAACCUGACGAUCGGGGAGAUGGGCAGGGUCAUCCGCAUCCUGACCAAGAUGACCAAGAGGCUCGCCGAAUACGAGGUGACGAUGCAUAGGCGCGCGCUCGGCCGGGAUAAGGAUGCGGUGAAGAGCAAAGAGCAAGAUCCGCAGGGUGCCAAGGAGCCUCGGCCGGAGGAACAGGAACAGGAAAAGGAGGAGCGACACGAGGAGCAGACGAAGAAGGCCGGCGGCCCAGCAGCAGGCCAGGCGGGAGGCGCGGGGAGCGGCAAGGGGGGCGACGGUAAGAACAAGGGCGGCAAGGAGUCUGGCGGACCCCAGGAUGGCGGCAACCCGUUCGGCAAGAAAUGGUUCCUCGGACGGUUCAGCACGGGCGACCUCAUCAUGGCGGCCGUCGUUUGGGCGCUCAUCAUCCCGUACGCCGAGGCCACCUUCUUCGGACAGAGCAAGGAGAUCACCUGGCAGGAGGUGCACAAGGACUUCCUGAGCAAGGGCCUCGUGAAGAAGCUCACUGUCUACAACACGGGCAAGGUCCGCGUCGAGCUGCACCAGGACGCCCCGUCCGCCGGUGGACUCGACCCGAACGUGCAGUAUUUCUUCUCCAUCGGCUCGGUCGACUCGUUCCAGAAGCAGCUUGAGGAGGCGCAGAACCAGCUCGGCAUCCCUCUCCAGGACCGCAUCCCCGUCAACUACGCCACCGAAGGCGGCAUGUGGCCGAUCAUCAUGGCGUUCGGCCCCACGCUCCUGCUCGUCGGCCUGCUCAUGUACACGACCCGCAGUCUCGGCGGACGGGGCGGCAACCAGAUGUUCGGGUUCGGCAAGAGCAAGGCCAAGAUGUUCAACCACGAGUCGGCGGUCAAGGUCAAGUUCUCCGACGUGGCGGGCAUGGACGAGGCGAAGGCGGAGAUUAUGGAGUUUGUGAGCUUCCUCAAGACGCCGGAGCGGUUCGAGCGGCUGGGGGCCAAGAUCCCGCGCGGCGCCAUCCUGUCGGGCCCGCCCGGGACGGGCAAGACGCUGCUGGCCAAGGCGACGGCGGGCGAGUCGGGCGUGCCGUUCUUCAGCGUCAGCGGGUCCGAGUUCGUGGAGAUGUUCGUGGGCGUGGGCUCGUCGCGCGUGCGGGACCUGUUCGCGUCGGCGCGCAAGAACGCCCCCUGCAUCAUCUUCAUCGACGAGAUCGACGCCAUCGGACGGUCCCGGCAGGACGGCAGCCGACCGGGUGGCAGCAACGACGAGCGCGAGUCGACGCUGAACCAGAUCCUCACGGAGAUGGACGGCUUCAACACGUCGGAGCAGAUCGUGGUGCUGGCGGGCACGAACCGGGCCGACAUCCUCGACCAGGCGCUCCUGCGGCCCGGGCGGUUCGACAGGCACAUCUAUAUCGACCGGCCGACGAUGAAGGGGCGGCAGGACAUCUUCAAGGUGCACUUGAAGAAGAUUGUGACCAAGGAGGACCAGGAGCAUUUGGUGGGACGACUGUCGACGCUGACGCCUGGGUUUUCUGGUGCGGAUAUUGCUAAUGUGGUGAACGAAGCCGCCCUUGCUGCUGCCCGGGUCAACGCCGAAUCGGUCGAACUCAUUCACUUCGAACAAGCCAUCGAACGGGUCAUCGGCGGUCUGGAGCGCAAGUCUCUGGUGCUCAAGCCCCAAGAGAAGCGAACGGUGGCAUACCACGAAGCCGGGCACGCCAUCUGCGGUUGGUACUUUGAGAACGCGGACCCGCUCCUCAAGGUGUCGAUCAUCCCACGCGGCAAGGGCGCGCUGGGGUACGCGCAGUACCUGCCGUCGGGCGACGCGUACCUGAUGACGGUGGAGCAGCUGAUGGACCGGAUGGCGAUGACGCUGGGGGGCCGGAUCUCGGAGGAGCUGCACUUCCCGACGGUGACGACGGGGGCGAGCGACGACUUCCGCAAGGUGACGCAGAUGGCGCGCAAGAUGGUGACGGAGUGGGGCAUGUCGGACAAGGUGGGACCGAUGCACUUCAGCGAGGACCCGCACCAGCUGCAGAAGCCCUUCUCGGAGACGACGGCGCAGGCGAUCGACGCGGAGGUGCGGCGCAUCGUGGACCAGGCGUACGCGCAGUGCCGGGAGCUGCUGCUGGCCAAGAAGCACGAGGUCGGGCUCGUCGCCGAGGAGCUGCUCAAGAAGGAGAUGCUGACGCGCGACGACAUGGUGCGGCUGCUGGGCAAGCGGCCGUUCCCGGACCACCAGGACUUUGAGAAGUACUUUGGCGGGGAAGACGGGCUGAAGAAGCCCGACGGCAGCGGCGGCCAGGGGCAGAAGAGCGCGCCGCCGCCACCGCCUGCGGAGGAUGCGGGUAGUCCGCCGAAGGAGCAGCCGUCGCCGGCGUUCAAAGAGGUGCGGGGAAGGGAUGAGCUGAGGUAAUCAAGGGCGUUUCCUUUGUUGUUUCUUUUUCUUUUUUUUCCCCCGCAAGGGGGAGGGGGGAGGGGAACGCGAAGUGCAGACAGAUACAGUCUUCACCUUUCAGUAUACCCGGAUUACCCCAGCAACCUCUCGCCUACACACCGACGGGACACGGGCCACGGGCGGCCCCAAGGAUCUGGUGGCGCAUCAACUCGACCCCGACUUGGACGAUUUCCCUUGGUCAUCGGUCCUCCAGAGGUCAACAACCGGGACCAAGGAAGGUCGUAGGAACCAACUCUACUUUUGUGUUUGAUAAGAAGGGUGUUUAUGGUACGACAAGGACAGGCAGGCAAGAAAAGGAUACACUUCCC